AGGAGCUCCGCAAACGCAAAGUAGUACAAGAUACAGAGUUGGGAAAGGUUGACUCACUGGCCACAUCAUUGCAGCUUCGCUCCCAGAUCCAGGAAUCACUUGGCCUCAGCAGUAACACAUCCACCCCAGAGACAGAGAGAAGGUUUCCUGUGCACAAUCCAGCUCUGAUGAUGGAUCUGGAGGAAAAAUGGAUGGAAAGAGAAAGACCAAGUCUUUUGGCAGAGUUUCCGUAAGUCACAGAAAGGAGCCAUACAUCCGAUUUCAAAAGGUGACGAUGUUGGUUUUGUGGCCAGUGACAUCACUAUGAGUGAUGAAGAGCGCAUCCAGCUGAUGAUGAUGGUGAAGGAGAACAUGAUUUCUAUAGAGGAAGCCCUGGCACGGCUCAAAGAGUUUGAAAUUCAGAACAGACAGACAUGCAGACAUGCGCCCACAGAAUGGAUCGAUCCCUACAGUACUACUACAACAGAGCCGUUCAACUGCAACCAUUAUGACCUGUCAGAUAACGAACAGGAAGAGUCUGUAUCAUUCAGAAGACUCCAUAAACUGGUCAACUCAACACGAAAGGCGAGGAAGAAAUUGGUGAGACACGAUGAGUGGAAGAGGCCCGGAGCAGACGAGACUCUGACUGUAGAUGGGUGUCCCUGUGGAGACGUCGGCAGCUCGCUGUACUCCGGCGUACAGAGGAAUCCGGCUGUUUGCCCUGUGGACUGCCUCGCCUCAGCUCUGCAGGAGCAGCUCACCUAUGACAGAGACUCUGACAGCUUAACCACCACCUCCCCCUCCUCCAGCAGCCUGGACACCUGCAGCAGCCAGAGGAUCUUCAAGGCCUUCAACAAAGCUGACAGCGGUCUCAUCCAUCAGGAUACUAGCUCUGUGGGGGAGACGAGGGAAUCCGCUGAAGGUAGUGGCUCAUUUUCAGAAACUGAAGGUGGGAAUGAGGAGGAACCUAAAAUUGCCCGCCUCAGGGACUGAUGGAGAACUCCGCUACCGUGUUCUCAGCCCACUCAGCAACCAUGGGAGAGCCUGUAGUUUUGGAGGUUUUGAUCUGACCAACCGUUCCAAACAGGCAGUAAUCUCCAAUGGAGACAACACU